UGCUUCCACGGCAACGGAUAAACAAACGGUGGCGUCCAAGACUUAUUGUUUGAUUCAGGCAGCUCCUUCUGUCCAAGGCUUCAACCUGGCUAUGGUAUCCAGUUCGCAGGCACCGCCGAUCGGCACCAUGGAAAACAUGCAUAAAACAGAUCGAGUUGCUUCGUUGGUAGGUGCUUCCUUACCUCCUCAACUUCAGAAAACAUUGUUGGCUUCCAGUGCAGUCAAAGAGCUCCAAUAUGCAACCACAGCUCUCUCUGAGCACAACAGAAAGUUUUCAGCUCCACCAUUUUCUAAUCCCCGCUACUUAAAACCUAGAGCAAACUGGCUGUUAAAUAGUCUUGGAGAACCUUCAGGAAAGCUGAAAAGCUCCAGAAUAUCAAUGAGUGAAACAAAGCAUAAGUUCAGAGGUGAAUGGGAGCCUUUGUAUUUCAGCAAGAUCAGACAAAAGGACCUUCAGGAUUUAUCAUCCCAGAUUGAGAAAAAAAGAAGUGAAUUUCAGAUGCUGACUGGAGAACCAAUCCAUAUUUCAGGCCAAGGCAUCCGUAGACUCAGUGAACCUCAUCUCAGUACAACAAGUCGUGACUACUGCUAUUAUUAUAGGUCAGAAUUGGCUCCUCUUGUUGACCUGACUCAAUGGAAGAUGGAUAAUAUGCUGCAGAAAAUUCCUCCCCAGGCCAGUUCAGUAUGUCUGCCUCGUUUGGCACCAAGAUGUUGUCACAUACCACAUAAGAGCUUUCUUCCUCUGUCCUGUGAAAGCUAUGCUUGGCAAACCUCCCAGCCUCAUCUACAAGCUGCAUCAUAUCCUGUUGGUGUACUGUCAGGCCCACCAGUAGGUGCAGCAUUUCCCGAAAUUAUGAAGAUCCCAAAAAUGUACAAGACUGAAAAUGAAGAAUAUGGUUCCAAAAAACCAAUUACCAUGUAAAAGAAAAAGAUUUAUUGCAGCAAAAUAAGUAUUGAGGUGGUGGUUGCUGUUGUUUUUUAUGCCAAUGUCUAGUCAAUGUGUAGCUUAUCUGGAUAUCUUGUAUCUUUCCUGCAUGUUCUAUUUCUCUUUGAGUCUCCUUUAAUAUUUUUCUCACCUUCUCUUUCCACAUUAUUAUUGCAGCUGUUAUUCUGGCACAGUAUCGCCAUAAUUUUACUUCUUUUUACUAUUUUAGCUCAUUUUACAGUACACAAUAUGAUCUGGAGAUAUCUGAGGA